AAUGCGGAUAAAAUUGUGAAUAUUAACUGGCAAAGGGAAAUACCCAGAAUAUUGACCGAAGGUAACGGACACAAUUGUUGAGAAGCCCAGGCUGCAACUGUACUUAAUAACGCCUCUUGUGUACGCUAGUGUUGCUGGAGUUAGCGCGGCUACUGGGGCGCCAGACUUAGAACAGAUUCGCGCUGAAGGAUUUAACGUGUGUUUAAUCAGAUUGCAAAGCGUGGGAAGUCUGACGUCAUCACUACCGCCCCGCGCCUGGAAUUGGUAGUUUGCGUGUCUGCUGCCUUCCUUACAUGAGGCAAAACACACGCCCUUCUCAGUUCUAGCAAAAGGAGAAAAGUAUUAAGAAUGUAUAAGAUAAAAUUUGUAUCGGUAGUUGUUUGGAGGAUAUAGUGAACACAUGCAUUAUCGUCAUCAGUUUCGUAUUGAUGGGGUCGGAGGGCCUCAGCCCGGGACACAAAGACUCUGACCUUGAGGAGCUGAUUGUGGAGAUUAUCAGCGCUAACAAUCGCGGGGUGUCGGCGGCCAAGAAUGUUACCAGUGAGCCCAACUGGUCGUUUGGCCAGAGUUUCUUCUUCUCCAGCACCAUUGUCACCACCAUAGGAUACGGGCAUGUUCACCCGCUCUCAGAAGGCGGGAAGAUCUUCUGCAUCAUCUAUGCCAUCAUUGGCAUUCCCAUGACGUUCAUCUUGCUGACGGCGCUGGUGGAGCGGCUACUGCUGCCCGCUACCUGGCUCCUCUACUGGCUCAACUCCAAGCUCGGUCAUCUCUACCAGCCUUUCAACAUUCGCGUGUUUCACUUGGCUAUUGUUGGAGUCAUCGCCUUCGUGCUCUUCAUGGUCUUUCCGUCACUUAUUUUUGCCAAAUUGGAACCUGGCUGGGACUUCCUGGACUCUCUCUACUACUGCUUCAUCUCACUAACUACGAUCGGCCUCGGCGACUACAUCCCGGGGGACGCUCAGGACCAGCCUAUGAGGCCGCUAUACAAAGUCUGCAUCACAGGCUACCUACUCUUGGGUCUGACCUUCGUCAUGCUGCUGCUCCACCUCUACAACGACAUCCCUCAGCUAAACCUGGGGCUCUUCCUCCUGCGGAGCGCUGAGGCUGCCCCGGGCGACCCUGAGAGGAUGAGACUCAGUGGCACGGCUGGCGUCACUCCCAAGUACACACAGCAGCACAACGAUCAGACAGUCCGCCAGAAUGUGAAGGUGGUAUCAAGGCCAGUAGACUCCCCCAGUCCUGAGGAAGACACCACUCCUGUCCAUGCACAGAUGCCUCCAAUUAUUCCAGGAAACCAGUGAAAUGCAUGCAUUUUCUUGCUAAUUUAUGAUAUAAGCAGUUUAGCUCUUUCUUGCUAAUAUAUUGUAUUAAAUAAUACAGUAUUGGCUCCCAGUAUGCCAAAAAAAAACACUAACAAUGCCUGAAUUAUUCUGUUUCAGGCUUAGAAUAUAAGCAAUUAUAGCUAUUGAUGUUGCACUUCAAUAAUGUUAUAGCCCAUAUUUUCAUUAUUAUGUAAUUGAAAGAAAUUAUGCUAAUAUUGCAGCUAAAGGAGUAAAUUUUACAAGAUAAUUAGAAAGGUUAAUUAUCCUUUCAAAGUCAUGUUAAUAAACAUUAUUGCAAUAAGGGUAUAUAAAAAAUAAAGGGUAAGCCAUUCAUGAAUUAUACUAUUGUUAUGCACAAACUAGAACAUUCUUUCACGUUUACAAAAAAUGUAAACGUCUACAAGUGAUCGAAAGUUUAUUUUUUGUCAUUAUUUUAUCAAUAUAAAAUCAUAUUCGAGCCUUGCUUUCUUUUGCUUCUCUCCCCAUAAAUUUAAGAAAGGAUUACAUUCUUGAUUUCUUGUAUUAUAUUUAAAUGUGGCAAAGGGAAUUUCUAUUGUCUACACAACUUUGUGAACAGUGUAGCGUGCAUUCUACAAAUUAGUUAAUUAUAGGAACAAAGUUCUAAGACCGUGCGAUUUUACCAAAUAGUAAUACAGUACUAUCCUUCAAGAGAGAGUUACUUUUUCAUUCAGGCAUUAUACCAAAAAUUAAAACCCAUCAUUUUAUCUAAAAGAUUGCACCGAAUUUUUGCUGAUUAUCUUCAUCUUUAAGUGAAAUUGUUAGAUGUCAUUUUUAAUUUAAUAUUGUUGAUCUUUGUGUACAAUAAUGGAUAUCUAAGAUGCAUCUCUAAGUCUUAAUAAAUUGAAACUGAAAAACUAACUGCUGACACAAAGAAAUACAAUUUAACGUGUGUACAUUUUUUUCAGUUGAAAAUGCUGUCUAACUUCAUGUAUCAGUGGAGUUCCAGCUUAGACUUGAAAGGUACACAGGCAUAAUUCUUAUUGCUAUUAAUACCAUAGUUUGCUGUUGAAUUGGCAAAUCUGAAUUGUUUGGAAAAAUACCUGAACAAUAUCAAGUUGUAAACUGAGAAAUAAAAUAGAGUAGAUUAAUGUAUUUGUACAUGUUUGUCUUGUCUUUAAACACUACACAUGUUUGUUAUUGAAGAUGUUAUCAGUUGUGAAAGUUUACUCUGUACAUGUGGCAGUUGUAACGGUGUGAGAAGUUCUGUUGAAAAAGUAGAAAUGUAAAUUACUAUCCUUCUGUAUUUUUUUACAAAUGUCUAUCAUAUUGUCCUGUUUUUGUGUUGUCAUUUAAGGGUUGGAAAAGUUUCAGGUAUUAGCUGUAUAUAUUUGGAAAUGUUGAUGUGAUGUUUCUCAUGAAUGAUGCAACAAAAUGGUUUUCUUUAUUCAGAAUUCAAUUAAAACCUCAAUAUGCACUUGUCCAUAUUUAUGUAGGUACUCUAGCAGUAAUAUGACAUGUCUAGAACAGAAAGUGAACGACCAUUAUACUGUAUUAUAUAAAUAAUUUAACGUGUAAGGUAAUAUACGCAAGAUUCUUCAUUUACAGUACUGUACUUCUUAAAUGCAAUUAUUAUCGUUUACAUUUAACACACUAAUUUUGUUUUUAAGAGGUGCCUUCAUGGUACUCUAGUUUAAGAAGAAUAUUUUUACUACUUUUAAAGCCUUUUUGUUAAAUUAUGAUAGUUAAUUUUUAUAAGUUGUAUAAAAGUCAUAUAUGUAUAAGCUGUAUAAAAGCAUUUGUGUUCAUUACAUACUGUACAAAUAAAUGAAUCCAUUAGGAAAGCUGUCAUCAUAUACAGUACUGAAGACAAAAUGUGGUAUCCCCUUCCAAAACUCUUGUGAAAUAUUCAGGUCAUUUGAUUUUAUACAUUUUUUAUAAUUCAGUAUUAUAUUUGCAUUAUAUAAUUCAUCUAUGCAGCAAAGAUUAAACUAAAUCAUUUAUCCAGUUAGUAAGAAAUUGGUUGUGCGCUGCCAUACGGUGGUUCUAUUGAACAUGCAGAUUAUGCAAGAACAAAGGUUUAGUUUUUUUUUUUAGAUGUUAUUGUUCACUUUGCCUUAAAACCAGCCACUAAUAUAUACUGCCACUAGUGUUUUUAAAUUAAUGAAAUUAUAAUGUUUAAUUUGAACUUGGAAAAAGCAAAGUUCACAGUAAUAUGCAGUACUAGUACUCGUAUAGCACCUCAGCUAUAUUUUUGCCUCUUACUAGCAUAAAACCCCCCGAGUUCUAUCAAUGCCCUUUACCAGCAAAAAAUACCCGAGUUCUAUCAAUGAUCUUUACUAGCAUGAAACUGCGAUGGUGUUGCCACACCUUUAUUCUUCUAGAAUAUGAGGCAUUUACUAACAUGCAUUGCUAAGCACCAUUAUAAAAAAAAUCUCAAUGUUUUGCUACCUUAAUUUAAAAAUGCCAUAUCUCGGUCACUUAAAUAUGCUUUCUAGAUUUUUUUAAUUACAGCUUAGUGUGUACUUUCCCAUUAGCAGAGUUUAAUUAUGCCAGGCCCAAAAUGCUGUGUAUUAGUGGCUUUAGGCACUGUACUUAUGACACUUUGGAAUCCUCCACAGUUCAUGUAUCAUCUUAUGUAUGUACUGUACUCGUGCCUAAAUAAAAAUGAUUGUAAUAGUAAUGAAAGUCAAAGGCAUUUUGAAUGAAAAUGACUUAUGUACUUCAUUUUUGUCAGAUUGCAAUUACACUCACAGUGGCACCCCACCGUGACUCAAUGAAAAUAACAAAAACUAACGAUAUCAUUUAAAUGUUUAUUUUAAUGAUGGAAGAGGAACAAAAUGAACACUUACCUAUGGAAGAUACUGUAGUUGUCAUAAUCCAGCAAGUUGGUUGACAUCUUUGAUCUUCCUGUUGUAUGUCAACAUCUGCAGCUUUGUUUGAGAAGAAAAAGCUGCAAGAAAUACCAUGUGCUAGGUUGGUAUGGAUGACCGAAGACCAUACACAUCUUUGAUCUUGACAUGUUUAAGUUUCUAGAGGGCACGGCAUGUGAGAGACUGAAUUUUGAUGGCAUAAAAAUUUAUAUUUCCUGCCAAAAUAGAGGAUUGGAGAAUGCACCCGUACUCUCACCUCGAUUUUGGCAGCAGUGACGCUUAGCCAGGUAUGUUAUUAAACAUCGUAUACAUGACCUUAAUACUGAAAUUUCACUCUGAAAAUGAGUUUUAGAAUGUUGAUUUGAAAGUCUGCUCUUAUUCUCUGAAGCCUUUCUCAACUGUAUCAGGGAGAAACAUUAAAUUCUAGAAUGUAUGAAAAAUCAAAUUCUACAGUACUACAUUUUUCAAUUUCAGAAUCACUUUUCAAUCUUUUUUCUUCAAUUCAAUGAUAGUGAAAUAGUAAAACACGGUUCACAACAUUUAGUGAACAAAACUGGAAUAUGCAGCAGUUGUAUGGUGCCCAUAUAUCUCAAGAAGCACAUAAGUAAACUGGAAAAGGGUCUAAGGCAUGCAAUUAAAUUGCUUCCAGGACUGAAAAAAAAUAGUUACGAGGAGAGGCUAUAGGCUGGCAUCAAAUGUGCUAAAGCUAGAAGACGAGAAAAAACAGGUAAUAUGAUCAAUACUUACAAAACAGUAGCAGGAACUAACAGGGAGGAGUUCUUGAAACCUGCACCUCCAAGAACAGGAGGUUGUAGAUUCAAGCUAUGGAAACAAAGUUGCCAAAAAAAAUUAAAAUAGUUUAUUUUUGCAAAUAGAGCGAUAAAUGGUUGAAUAAGUUAAGGAGAGGUGGUGGUGUGGGACCAAACCCAUCAGUAGUUUUAAAGCACUAUAUGACAGCUCGCUGGGAAGAUGGGACACCACGAGCAUAGCUCAUCCAGUAGCUAAACUUUGUUAAUUACACUUACAUAAUUACAGACUUUGCAUAGUAUAAUAAGGGAGAUACAGUACUUAUAUAUACAGUAUUACAUAUAUACAGUAUAAUAAUUAUAAUUUUAUCAUAGUAAAAAUUAUUAAUGGCUAAGAACUCUUCAUUACCCAGCCAGUAUUUGAACCCAUGACGUCCAGAAUCGCCCCUAAAAGUACACAGUACCGUGACCACCACCAUUGAUCGGUGUAAUACUGUGUACAUUUAGGGAUGAUCCUGGAUGUCAUCCAGGGUGGGGUGUGUCUGGGGUGUGAGUUUUCGGUUGCAUAUAUCCCUGGGGACCAUUCAGGUUUGCAAUGCUUUAGCAAGAGCUAAUAUUCUCUUUGGGUUGAGGUGGUACAGGACAUGAUUGAGAUGAAGUGGAUGAAACAUAAUGGAUAUUAAUAGGCUAUUACAUACAAGAGCAUAAGCAGCUCAUGUUCUUGCUUCCACUGUGUGUGUCUGUUGGUUCGGGGACUUGAAGUGGGUAAUUACAUUCUAAUUAAUUACAAUAGCCACACUUUGAGGGUUAAAGAUAUUCUAAUAGUAAAAUUUAAAAACGGGAAAAAUUGGUGUCUGCCUUUGCCUAGUUGGUUCAGUGUAGGCAUUCAAGGACCCCUUGGUCUCAUGGACACCCUAUUCCAUUACACUGGGUUUGUCCGGUAGCCAAUUCUUUUCAGUUUGCCUAGUUUACAUUCAAGCGUAAUCUGUUCUAUUGAGAUUAGAAUGUAUUUUAGGCUUUUGAUUAAGAAACAUUAUUAUUUUCCCAAUUCCUAUUUUGAUAGGGUGGGGUUCACUUGUUAGAAAGAUGAAAACAAUGAAACGGAGUUGUUUCUACUCUUAUGAUGUAGAUUCUACUCCUGUUCCUGUAUUAUGAUGUUUGACCCUUCUUCUUGAGGUUAUCUUGAAAUGAUUUUGAGGCUUAGCAUCCCCGUAGCCUGGUCCUCGACCAGGCCUCCUUUUUGUUACACACCCCCAGAAAGCAGCCUGUAGCAGCUGUUUAAUUCCCAGGUACCUAUUUUACUGUUAGGUAACAGGGGCAUCAGGGUGAAAGAAACUCUGCCCAUUUGUUUCUGCCUCCACCGAGGAGGAGACUCCACCCUUAAUAAUAAUUUCAACAAACUGCUUCUAUUCAGUCCUGUUCAUUUCAACUUGGGUGUGUACUGAUUAUUCUUGUCCUCUCACACCAUAUCUACUUCCACUCAACCCAACUAUACUAUUACAGUACAUACUCUUCAAUGUUUCUAAAACUUGGUUUUGAAUUUAAGAAAAAUUAUGAGGACAUGUACUCUCCUCAAAGUUUUUCACUGUGCUGCGCCAACCGAAAAAUCUCGUUCUAAGAGUUGUACUAUUUUUUUUAUUUAGGAUAUAUUUUAAUGUUUUUUAAUGUUUUCAUCACUCUUUGUGUUUUGAAAUGAAAAUUGUUGAGUUUGGAAACAUUUUGACAUUAACUUUACCUAAACAUUUAUAAAAACAACAAAAAUAUGUCCUUAACAAUUGCACUAUGAAGUUUUUGCCAAAAACAGGUGUGCAGUGCAGGGGUUAAGAAACUAAAUCUUCAGGGGAAACUAGAUGUACAGCAGUGUUAAGUAAAAUAUUGGCAGCAUGUGGUAGACCUUGCCAUGUAGGCUACACACUGAGAAAACUUCUAAAGCAUAUGAAAGCAUACACAUUCUUUUAAUAAUUACAGUACAGACAACCACGUGCUUUCUCUUGGGACUGAGACUGAACAGAUAACACGUUGUGACGCUGUGUUCGGAUAAGUGGUUCAUCAUCGUGAAAUGCUAUGGAAAACAAUUAAUUUUGUAACAGAAAUUUGACAGCAUUUUGUUUGUAUUCACCAAUGUGAGAAGUUCUGAUCCGCUUGUUAACUUAAAUUUUAUAAUUGGAGGAGCAUUGUUAUUUAGAUAGAAAAGGUGGUGAUGGAUAAUAGUAUUGGGUUGACUGAAGUGGAGAUUAAUGGUGAUAAGGUAACCUCAGCAGACUACCUUUCACCAUGUACUGGUACUUUAAUGUACCUAAUGCCAUUGCAGAGUUUAAAGCAUCUGAGCCAUCCAUUAGUAUAUGAACACAGCUCAAGUGAUGCAGUGUACAGUCACUGGGCAAAAUAAUUCCAUCUUUAUUGCACUUUCUUCAGAAAUAACUACCCUAUCAAUUAUUCAAACUUUUUUUUAUCCGAAUAAACCUAAAUAGGAAAAUGGGCAUUUUUGGAAAAAAGAAGUUGGUAAAGCACAUGGCUGUCUGCACUUGCUAACAAUUUAAACAAGUUGCACUAAAAGUUCAUGAGCCAUCAAACAUUAUGAAUACUGUACUGUAUUUCUACUUAUACCAAGUGCCUGUAACUUACAAUACCAAUAUAGAAACAUUUACUAUGCCUUGUGAAUUUUGAUAUGAUCAAAAGCUGUUUACCAUAGUGGCAAACAAUGACAUAUGAUCGCAUCCUAUUAAGCUGAAAUCUGAAGAAAAUUAUAAAAAUAUAUGUACAGUACCUUGCAUGUCAAAAUACUGUAUAUAACUCUUCCAUUGUAUCUAGGAAAACCAGCUAUAAUUUCUAUAGGUUAACCUAAACACAUUUAACUGUUUUUAAGUCCUUUGAAUAAUAUCAUGAAUUAAUACAGUAGUCAUAAGGGUAACUCAUUCCAACUCAAUGGCUUAUAUAUUGAUGUCUGUGAUAAUGUAAUCAUUUCAAUGCUAAAGGAUUCUUCACUGUUUGGAAGACAUUUUUUAUGUUUACGUAUAAAGUAACCUGAAAUGGAGAUGAUGUUCGUGUAAACUGAUACCUACAUCAAUGGAAGAUUGCAUUAUGAUAUGUGCCUGCCAUCAUAUACUCGUAUCAUAAUACACUUUCACCGUUACACUUUCUCUUUAAACCUGAUCAUUUUAUAUAAAAGAGAUGGAACACAAAACCAAUAUUAUUGCAGGUACUCUGCCUCACAUACCUGUUGCUGCUAGCGUACUGUGCUGUUAAGUGGAUGUUAUAGCAGCUUCCAUACUCAUACGCAGCAAAUACUUCACUAUAACAUAGGCUUUCUACUUGCCAUGGGGGAGGGGGUCUAAUUUUUGUUCUUAGACAAACAGCAGGCCAACUGUAAUUUACAAAUAUAUUAAUAUUUCUCUUAUAUAUUAAUACAAAUAUGAUUUACAAUGAAGGUUACAGGUUCUAAUGCAUCAUUUCCAAAUUUAAUUUUAAUCUACUGUACUUUUAGCAUGAAACAAAUUUAACAGUACAUCUUGCUGCAAGGCUGCUGUUUUAUUGAUUUGGUUUGUCUCCGUUUUGAUCAAAUGUGUUCAUAUAACCAGAUUAUCUGUAGAUGCCCAUAGUCAGGUACAUUCUCAUUCCGCUGCUUUCAGUUAUGGUUCUUAUGACGCAUAGUGCUAUAAUGAAGUCCCAAAUCAACAGUGCAUUUACUCUUUCCCACUAAUCUACACUCAUAUUUUGCCAUACUGUAUUACUUACUGGAAAAAGGAUUUAUCUACAUAUGCCUAUAAGAUGACAUUCCAUAAAUCUUCCAUAAAUAAAUUCCAGUGUUCAAGCUGUUAUGAAAAUAAUAAUUACAGUAUUUCCAGUUAAAAUUAACUAAUUUAAUUAAAAUUAAAUUGGCAGUAUUUUUGUACUGUGGGCAAAUAAACUAAUUAGCAGCAUUUUUGUACUGUGGGCAAUAUAUCAACUUAAAAUUGCAUUUUUGAAAAUUAUUAUAAAUAAAUAUAAUGUCAUUUUUUUUCCCCCAUGUGUAUCAGUUUGUGUGAGCGGAGAUAGGAGUGGAAAAGCCAUCGUAUGUAAGAGCUCUCUCUGAAUUCAGGUCCAUAUUUUUUUCUGAUAAGUCAAAAUAUUACAUAUUUGUAACAAAGUUAUUUUUGUAAGUUAUUUCAAGUAUAGUAUUAAUAUUUGAGCUUGGGAUUGUUUUCCCCAAGUAUAUUAUUCAACAUGUUAUAUUUUAGAUAAUAUACAGUACUCAUAAGUUGAAAAUAUAUAUUCUUGUGAAAACUUUGUGCCAAACAUUUUUGCAGGAUAUAACAAAGCAUUCCAGCAUUAUUUAUUAUAAAACUAUGUGCUAAAUAUACGAGAAGAUGAUCUGUUGGAUAUGUUAUUGCUUGGUAUCUUUUGUUAUCAAGGUGCAAUAGUUUCAUAGAGUACGCAAGUGCUGCAGCUACUCAAAUUUGACUUUUGUUAAGAUAUUAAGGUCCACUAAUGAUCAUAGUGUUUUAUUAUAAUAAAUGCCAAAAUGUAAUUUUUGGUCAUUUCUUUCUCAAUGUAAAAAUUAUCUACAUCCUUCCUCCUGUUUGUUAAAGUGGUGUGUAUGUGUGUGUGUGUGUGUGUGUGUGUGUGUUCAUGUGCAUAAUUAUGUUAAUGUGAAAAUGCUUUCUCUCAUCCUACCUUUGGGUACCGAUGGAUUAAGAGUGUUGGUUACCAAGGAGAGAAUCAGUUGACUUAACUUUUAAUGUUAAUAGCAGAAAUGCAUGAAGCACAUUAACAAAAUACAUAUACAUUAACAAAAUAUAUAUACCCAGUAUGUAUAAUGAUAUUGGUAAAUGUGUAGAGUCAUUUUCUGGAAUCAUUAAAUGAGUACCAUGUAAGUGCUAUUGUAACGGUAUCACUUAUAAACUACAUUUUAAGUCAAGUUUUUCUCUAAUGCCAUUUGUGUUGUCUCUGAAGUGUUCUCACAUGUUUGCAGAAUUUUGUAAAAUGCUGUAUAUUUUACCUUGUACAGUUGUUGUUGCAUCUUAAAAAACAUUAAAAAUCAAAAUUUA